AUGUUCAAAAUACGACCUCUUGGUGAUAUACUCAUGAAAAAAUAUAUGCAAUGGGGAAUCUUUCACACAAACUUGUCCAUCGACGAAUCAAUGAUCAAAUACUUCGGUCAUCAUCCUUCAAAACAGUUCAUUCGCGGAAAGCCCGUACGUUUCGGAUAUAAAAAUUGGAUGGUUUCUAGCGCGGAUGGAUACUGUUAUGCUUUUGAUAUUUAUUGCGGCAAAUCACCCUCUACUAAUAUUGUCAACAAUGAACCAUUAGGAUCCAGGGUUGUAAAAACUUUGCUAAACAAACUGGGUGCAGAUCCUAAAGAUCAUAUUGUAUUUUUUGAUAACUUUUUUACAAGUUUUGGAUUGCUACGCGAAUUACGUGAAACGGGUUAUCGUGCAACUGGGACUGUCCGAGAAGGACGAACUGGAAAAUGUCCUCUAAUACCUAUCAAGGAAAUGAAGAAAAAAAACCGCGCUGAAUAUGACUACCGAUUUGACACGACGAAUAAAAUAUUGUUUGUUCGUUGGCUGGACAAUAGCGUCUGCACAAUGGGAACUAAUUAUGAUAGUGUGCUACCGUUAGGCAAAGUGAAACGUUGGAGUUCAGCUGAGAAGAAAAAGAUCGAUGUAGACAUUCCCCAAGUAUUCGUCAGCUAUAAUAAAGGUAUGGGUGGUGUUGACCAAGCCGAUCAAUCAAUAUCUUUAUAUCGUACUUCUAUUCGAGGCAAAAAGUGGUGGUGGGUACUGUUUACCUACAUGCUUGAUUUGACAGUUAGCAAUUGCUGGCGUUUGCACACACUUUGUAAUGAUGUAAAGAUGGAUCAGCUGCAGUUUAGACGAAGCAUUGCUCGCCACUACUUGCGACAAGAAACAGAUCGCCGUUCACGUCCAACGGCUUCCAUAGUUCCUAGUCUACAGUUCGAUGGGAUUGGCCACUUUCCACAGAAGUUGAAUAAACAACUGCGAUGCACCGUAUGUCACAAUAAAGCUCGUUGGCAGUGUAAGAAAUGUAUCAAAACGUUAUGUAUCGAAAAACUUUGUUUUGAAACUUUUCAUACUGAAUGA